GAAACCACCAGAAAUAGUUGUAGGUGCUAAUUGCCCGCUAUUCUCACCGAUGUGAAACUUCUAAUUGGGACCUUUGAAUAUUUUACUUGCUUGAAUCCUAACUGGGGGAGCUCAAGAUGGAAGGACCGUGCAGCGGCUCAUUUUCUGACGUGCUGCUCGGGAUCUCUUCCAACGCCUGAAUGGUUCUUCCUCGAGUUGCUUUCGCUGAGAAGAGGCGUCCAGGCUGUGAAACCUUCCAACAUCUUCCAUUACAAAGAUGGCACUGCUGAAAGUCAAAUUCAAUCAGAAGAAACGGGUAAAACUAGCACAGGGACUAUGGCUCAUGAACUGGUUAUCGGUGUUUGCUGGAAUCCUUGUUUUUAGCAUGGGAUUGUUCCUCAAAAUUGAGCUCCGGAAGCGAAGCGAAGUGAUGGACAAUUCUGAAAGCCACUUUGUGCCCAAUUCUUUGAUAAUAAUGGGUAUAUUAUCCUGCGCCUUCAAUGGUUUUGCUGGAAAAAUUUGUUACGAUUCUUUGGAUCCCGCUAAAUUUGCCAAGUGGAAGCCUUUGCUGAAACCUUACCUGGCACUAUGCUUCAUCUUUAACAUCCUAAUUUUCUUCGUUGCUCUGAUUUGCUUUCUCAUGAGGGGCUCUCUGGACAGCACCUUGGCCCAGGGGCUCAAGAAUGGCAUGAAGUUCUACCGGGACACAGACACCCCUGGAAGAUGCUUCAUGAAGAAGACCAUCGACAUGCUCCAAAUUGAGUUCAAAUGCUGUGGGAACAACGGCUACAAAGAUUGGUUCGAAAUUCAGUGGAUCAGCAACAGAUACCUGGACUUCAGCUCCAAAGAAGUGAAAGAUCGGAUCAAAAGCAACGUGGAUGGAAGGUACUUGGUGGAUGGUGUUCCCUUUAGCUGCUGCAACCCCAGCUCCCCAAGACCCUGCAUCCAGUACCAGGUCACCAACAACUCAGCUCACUACAGCUACGACUACCAAACGGAGGAGCUCAACCUCUGGCGCCGCGGCUGCCGGGAAGCUCUCCUGAACUACUACAGCGGCAUGAUGAGCUCCAUGGGCGCCGUCACCCUCCUCGUCUGGCUUUUUGAGAUGUCGGUGAUGAUUGGCUUGCGCCUGCUGCACACCUCUCUGGAAAGUGUGACAAACCCUGAAGACCCAGAAUGUGAAAGUGAAGGGUGGGUCCUGGAGAACAGCCUGAAGGACACUUUCAAAUCUGCGCUGGAGAAUUUGAAAAAGCUUGGUAAGUUCAAUCGGGUGAAUGCAGGAGCUGAAGGGGCCGAAGGAGAGGAAGGAGGGAAGACUCCAGCCAUCACAACAGUCAGUUGA